GGUUUUUAAAAAAUGUACUCCUUAAGAAAUAUAUCAGUUCUACUUGGUUUAACUUUUAGUGUUUACGGUGCAGUUUCUGCAGAUUUACCAGAAAUGGAAAUUUAAAAUCUGUGGGUGUACUAUUGCAAUGCAGUGGUUAGUCAAAAUUAAAGCAGAUAAUUUCACGUUUUGGGCUGGUCGAUUGACCACCAAGAUCGUGUGAUAUCACACCAUUAGAUUUAUUCCUGUGCAGGAUGGGGUCAUUUGUAGAACUUCACGCAAGUUGGAUAAGUUCUCUGAGCGCCAUUCGCUUGGGAGUGGCCAGAUACGAUUAUUUUACACAUGGCUCAAGCAGCUCACGAAUUUCGGUAUUAGACCAAGUAUCCUCUGGUUAGCCAACGAACAUUGUUUUGAAGGCCAGCACUUUAACUGAACUGAAGAUGAACUAUGGGUUUGGGACCCGCUACGUAUAGAACACCCCCUAAUGAAGAGGAAACAACAGCCUCGGAUGGAAGACCCCCUUUUUAUGACAAUYAUAACAAACGCGGAAUAGUUAAUCCAAUUUACAUGCACCAAAGGACAGGAACGAGAAAGUGUCAAUGUAAAAGAGAGAAAAUUCGGUGUGGCUGAGUCCAGGAUAGACGUCUAGCCACAAUGCACACCAAAGCGAAGUUCUUCAACAUAUCGCUGAUUUGUUCAAACGCCCCGACGGAAGAGAAGGAGUUGCGACCAAAGAUGCCUGCUAUAAGCGCUUGGAGCGCAACUAUGUGAGCAAAGCAGCUGGGGACGAUGGAUUGCCGGCCGAGGUAUUCAAAUACAGCGGCGAAGAACUGACACGGGUUAUGGAGCUUGCCAAACGCCAAACGGUAAAUCCGGCGAAUGUAUGCUAAUAAAUAAAUGCACUGAACUAUAUAACAUGGCCGUUAAGCCAAAUUUAGAAGAUAAUGACAUAAUAUUUUUAAGGCAGAGCAGAUGCGGUUCACUUGGUAAGAAUAUUCUGGUUUGCUGUCAUAAGUCAUUAGGUGGAGUGUCAGAUGAAUGCGAAACUCCGAAUGGAAAAAGAGGACGUUGCAAAUCUAUCUUAGAAUGUAGUUCAUUACUACCAUUAGUCAAAGAUGAUUUAUCGGCAAGUGAGAGAAACUUCUUGACUAAAAGCGUGUGUGGACAAGGCAAUCGACAGGUAUGCUGCCCCGACCCUCCGACCAAUAAUCGUGGAGAAUUACCUUUGCCACCGAACUGUGGAAAAAUUCCUUUAACAGGACGAAUUUUUGGUGGAACUGCGACAGAUAUUGAUGAAUUUCCAUGGACAGCAUUACUUAUAUACGCUAAAGGAAACGGUGGCGAAGGUCUUCAUUGCGGUGCUAGUCUGAUUAACGACCGAUACGUUUUAACGGCAGGACAUUGUGUUAGCAAGCGUGUACUGCCUGCACAUUGGCGCCUAACUGGAGUUCGUUUGGGUGAAUGGGACUUAGAAACACAAAUCGAUUGCCAAUUUGAUAGCAAGGGCAAUAAACUUUGUUCGAGUCCACAUAUCAAUAUAAAUAUUGAGGAAGAAAUAUGCCAUCCACUGUACGAUGUUAGAACCCAAACAUAUGAUAUAGCCUUACUGCGUCUUCAAGAAAGAGUCAGUUUCAAUGCUUUCACUAGUCCUAUUUGCUUGCCAAGCUCUUCAACAAGUAAUUAUGAAGGCGUUACUAUGGACAUUGCUGGUUGGGGUGCAACAGAAACAUCCAAUAGUAGCCAAAAGAAAUUAAAGGCGUUGGUGAGAGGUGAAAAUCUGGAAAGGUGUAAAGCAAAAUACCGUCAUUACACUAGAAUCGAGUUGGGCAACAGUCAAAUGUGUGCGGGCGGUGAGAAAAGUAUUGACACAUGUCGCGGUGACUCUGGUGGCCCUCUAAUGUUUGCUCAAUCGGUUAAUGGAAGGGAAGCAUACUUUUUGGUUGGUGUAGUUUCAUUUGGUCCCACACCGUGUGGACAAAAAGGUUUCCCCGGUGUUUACACCCGUGUAGAUGCUUUCGUUAGUUGGAUACAAAGCACUAUUAGAAAGUAAAACUUUUUAUUGUUCUUGUGUUAUUACAUAACCUCUUAAUAUGUCUCUGAAAAUAAACAAAAAUAUAUGUAUGUAUAUCUUUCAUAUUGGUAAACACUGA